UUGUUGCCCGUACUGCAACAAUGUCGCAACGACCAAACGAGCCCCCCCUCACGAUCUUCAAUCUCUCCGGCGAAUAUACGACCCCGAGACCGAUCCUCAGGAACUGCGCCGUCUUUACUUCGAUCCGAUCCGGGCUCAUUUCGCCAGACCCCGCCCCAAAAGAGUGAUGGCCGACCGAGCGGGGAGUUAGAAGGUAGUACACUUGGCAGCGGUUCCCGUGAUGGAGAUCGAAGGACACCGGGCCAGCGGAGGACCUUAAGCUCAGGUGGCUUUUUGCUUGACUCGUUACCUCGCUCACGGAGCACAAGGGUUAGCCUGAACCGCCCUCGUCCCUCAAAACCUCUCCAAGAGAAGCGCAGCGUUCCCGAACCGGAUAUCGUGGUUCCCAAGAAACGCUCACGGUUUCCAUGGGGCCGACAUAAACACCAUACAUCUGAAGUGGUGUCAAAUGAUGCGACUUCUAGCCCGAUCAAUGCCAGACAAGCUUCCACGUCUCCUGAUAGACAGCCCUCCGGAAGCUCCUCCCAUCCCGAGGUACAGGAAGACAACGUGGCACAUGCAACCCCUGGCCUCGAUAGGGACUCGAUCCAGAUUGUGAAUCUAGCCUUGAAUCUCAAUGAAUCGAGAAAGAGGACAGCUUCUGGGAUACCCGCGGGCUCCGAGAGCCGAAGACCAAUAUCUGUCUCUCAAUCUGCUGUUCCGUCAGUAGACAGCUAUGGAUAUUCCCCACGAGCGAGGAAUUUCCAGCGCGAUUCGACGUAUCGCAACUUUACUCAGCUCUCUGGUAAUCGUUUGUCACAAGGGACACUGCCAAGCUUAGAGCAAUUAUCUGUUGUGAAUUUGUUGCCUCCAUCCGCGACCGAGGAUCUACGGGCUUAUGAAUUCUCCGAAAGCACAGUAGCUCGUGCUGAGAGAGCACGCAAUCAUUUUGAUUUGUUUCAUGAAUAUAUGCGGCUACUGCCCUCAUUACCACCUCUUCGAGAUGCAGCCAAGGAUGACUCUGAGUUCAACCCACAGAAACCCCACCGUCGCUAUAACCCGCUUCAAAUGAUUCGCAACCGAAAGGUCAGGUAUCGCGAGAAAUGCUCCAUUGAUGCAGAUGCAGAAGGAUGGCACGACGUUGAAAGAGUCCACCAAUGGAUCAAUAACGUCGAGCAAAAAUACAGCCAAAGAGAGUACGACCAACUAAAUUGCUUGAAGCUGCCACCUUUCCAACAAGGUCGCCGCCAUAUGUCCAUUGGGGAACACGAAGAUAUGGAUGUUAUACCUACCUCUCCGGGGUCGAGCUUGCGGCGAGUCAGCCGAACCAGCAGCAUGAAGGCCCGUCGGCCACGCAUUGAUUGGAAAUUCUCGCCGGCAGAGCUUUUGGCUGAUGCCGCCUGGCUGGAAUAUGGUACCAACAAGACGAAGGUUGUCGACAAGGAUGGCCAUAAACUCUACCCUGACCCCAAAGAAUUAGUUAUGAUAGAUACGAGUGAUGACCUCAAGACGUCGCAUAAGCAGCAGCGCCUUUCGGUCGAAGUGGGAGAUCCUAGAGAGACACGUUCAUCACCACGCACUUCUUUCUCUAGUUCCCGCCCUGCAUUGGCGCAUGAAUUCAAGAGCGUGGGUCGCGGGCGGCACAGGCACAGAUUCCGAAGUCAUUCGCACAGCUUACGCAGCCGCAGUGCUUCUAGCAAACGAAAGCCCUCGCGGUGGGAUCAUGUCAAAAUGCGUUCGGGCAGCGUCUCGAGCUCUUCAAGCUCAGAUACCCGCCCUUCCGUCGAUGAAAAACCCCGCAUGUCUCGUGAGCAUAUCCGCGACCAUGUCCAAAGAUUCGUCAACCAUGCACAUUCAGGAUCUCGGAUAUCCCGCUCCAAAUCCCCGGCUGUUCAUAACGCUGACAUUGACCGGGGAAGGACACCGCAACCAACAGAGCCGCUGUCGGUCAACACAAAGCAAGCCCGCAAGCACAGAAAAGGCUCCUUCUCAUCAGCAGGCAGCUUUGAUGACCGGCAUGAUCCUCGGAUGUCUCUGGAAGGCAUGGAUAGCACUGCGCCUAACUCUCCCUCCCAUCAUAGCAGUAAAUCUGUCCCCCCUUCAAGUCGAUCUCCCUCGCCCGCAAAGAAGGGCCUCCGUCAUAAGAUCGUUUCACGGCACGAGCGCAGCAAGAGCAAACAAGCAGAUCGGGAGCGAGAGCGGGAAGAUGAAUUCCCGGAACCCGAGACUUUGCGACAGCGAAAUGUGACAGCGCCUGAGCGGACGGAGAGUGCCUCCAAGCUCGAGCCAAGUCCUCUUCCUGAUGUUGUGUCGUCAUCCUAUCCUGAUGACCAAGGCACGGAAGGGAAUCGAGCUGAUGGACAUCGGUCCCGUAAAGGGCCCCAUCUUCCUGAAUCAAAGCUACGAGGAAUAUUCAAGGGACCAGGUCGGAUAGCAGAGAUUGUUGGGAAUGAGGUCUCUAAGGUUGGGGAUCUCAUCCUGAAGAAGGACGCCGAUCCUGAAUCUCGGAAAUCGUCGUCUGCCACCACUUUUGCAUCAGAGGAUAGCGAUUCUGAUGAAGAAUUCAGAAGCGACAGGAAGUCUGGCUCUAAAGGCCUUUUACGGCGCCUGCCAACAUUUACAGAUGAGCCCAGAAAUUCCGAGAAGAACUCAUCCCGAAGCUUUAUUCCUUCUCUGCUGACCUUCACAUCACCCCCGCGGCAAGAUGAACGAAGUGAAGCAUCAGAAGUAGCCGAUUUCGGCAGUCCUGGCGAACGAGUUUCCUCUCCACAAAAUUAUGGUUCCCGUGAUUCUCCUAAGAAGUUCUCGCUGCCACGUAGCAAAACGCUUGAUUUCAGCCCUUCUCUGCAUACGGGACGGACAAAGCGCCACGAGAUGAAAGACCCUUCCAUCCCUUUCAACUUAGCAUGCCCUCCUGUCACCGGGCUUGCCAACGCUCGAGCAUCACCAAACCUUUCCCCGGAGGGAAGACGCUCAGGGCUUUCAGGUGCUAGUCGCGCCUGGAGUAUAUCUGGGCGUAGCAUCCACACCUUGAUUGAUACGGGCGUCCCCGGGAAACCAGAAGUCGAACGCACAAGGGCUCUUCUGCUGUCAUCUGGGAUUAAAGCCCGGGAGAUCACUCGCCGAGCCCACACUCACCGUGAGACAGUUCCUCACUGGCUUCAAAGCUCCAUGGGCCCUGGUACAUCUGUUCCACAAGUGACGCGGAUCGACGAAUUCGACCUCGCUGCUCAAAACCUCCUCAGGCGUUUCGAGCAGACCCAACACUCGUUCCAACAAUCCAUGCAUAACUUCUCCACCUCCACCUCGUUGCCCCUCCGAUCUCAGCUGACGAACCUGGAAAACCUGAUAACCCAUUCUUUGACUCCCCGCGUCCGAACCACGGCAAAUGACGCCGAGGACAUGUGUGUCCAUCUCAACACCACCAGCACACUCGCUGUCAAGCAACUGAGUGAUGCCCUUGAUAGGGGCCUUCGUAAGCGUCGCCGUCGAUUGCGGUGGAUUCGCCGCACUGGGUUCAUGGUUUUGGAAUGGGCCCUUGUUGCGAUGCUUUGGUGGGUAUGGCUUAUUGUUAUGGCUUUCAAGCUUGUGCGUGGUGUCUUCCGGGGUGCCUUGACUGGUAUCCGAUGGGUCUUGUGGCUUUGA